GCAGUUAGGGGUUAGGUGUUAUGCUCAAGGACACUUCGCCACGCCCAGGGCGGGAUUUGAACCGGCAACCCUCCGACUGUCAGACAAUCGGUCUUACCUCCUCAGCUAUGUCGCCCCCAUAUGUGGACAUUAACCAUCGUUCUGAAGGUGAAGUCAUCCAGGUACCGCGUGGAUUGGAUGCCACGUUACGUUGCAGAUCAGAGACAAGUCUUCCUCCGAAGUGGGAAUGGGUCAUCAAGCAGACAUCAGAAAACAUCAAGACAUUAGUGGUCAACAACACCGCAUACCUGCUGGUGGAAAACUUCCAGGAAAUGAAUGAAGGCAAUUACUACUGUAUCAAUGGAAAAGGGAAAAAAUCUGCAGUGGAACUGAAAAUACAGCUGGGUGUAAAGGAUACCACACCUGUGUACAGAAUCAGCAGGACCGGCUCGUUGCAUCUCUUUUGUGAACCUCUAACAGCAACAAGGCUUGAGGGCUUUUGGAGCUGGAGACAGACUGGGUCUGAAGAAGACUGCAAACGGUCUGGCUCAGGACAGACUGGGUCUGAAGGAGACUGCAAACGGUCUGGCUCAGACCUGGUGCACUUUGGAAAUCGAUCUGAAGUAAAGAAGAAUGAGUCCGAAAACAAAUUUUCACUGAGCAUCUCCCCUCUGCUCUGGAAUGACUCUGGACAAUAUCGAUACGCUCUUUGUGAUGGCAACAAACUUUACAAGCAAUGCACUUAUGAAAUAAUUACAGUGAAAGUGUACUCCGAGCCCGUGGAGCUGACUGAGGGAGAGGAUGGCUCCCUGGUCUGUGCCGUUUCACACCUGAAGAACUCCACCAGACUGCUGUGGAUCGACACGCGGAGUCAACGAAGGUUCUCCAACCCCAAGGCACGGGCGCCCGCGGGCGAGUUCCGGCUCGUGGUGAGGAACGUCACGCUGGCGCAGAGCGCUUGGGAGUGCGCCGUGUUCCGCCAGGGCCAUCUCCGAGCGCUGGUCCCGUUCACACUGACUGUGAAGAGCCAAGCCACACGGCCCCCCGGGCCCCCUGCUGGAGGUAAGGGAGCGAGAGUCACAGACAGACCGGGCCAGGACCCUACUGCAGCAUCUGCACAAAAUCCCUCCGGAAACCAUAUAAUUUGUCCGUCACUGGUCUACCUCUCUGGUCUUCUUCUCAUAAUCCUGGGAACAGUUUUCAUAAUCUACUGUCGUCGGAGACAUCAAGACCCAAUCCAACCGCCCCCUCCCACACCCCUCCCCACCCAACCCUCCGCCAAAGGUGAUGAACAGACCCCAGAUGACGAGGGUGCUGUCAAUUAUGCUGCAGUGCGUUUUAAAAGGAAAAAAGAAGCUGACUCCAGUACACCAGCCGCACUUGCUACUGACAAUCUGACUCCUGAAGAGGACCCGGUGAUAUAUGCAGAUGUGGUCCUGGCAACCGGAAUUAGAAGAUGAUUCAUUCAUUUUAAUUUUACUACAGACGUAAUUUGUUCAAGUCUUUUUUUAGGUUCUGACAAAACAUAUAUCUGCAUAUGAGAAGUCUUUGGGGGAUUUCCUUUACAGAUUCAUGGAAAGAAAAUGUAGUUGUUGGAAAUGCGAACUUCUGUUGGGGAAGUGGUUAUAUAUUUAGUUUUAGCUACAGUGGAAAAAAUGAAAUAAAAAGGAACUCAAAUUCAA